AUGAUGAUAUUUAAUUUGCUCAAGCCGUUUGCAGAAAAACUUAAGUAUUGGGACAAAAACAAAGAAAAAGAAGUAAGCUAUCAAAAAGAUUCAAGUAAAAAAAAGCCUGGAAAGCAAAGAUUAUUGACCAUUAUGGAGGAAUUUAUCUUAAAUUUGGUGAGACUCAGACUUGGGCUUUUAAGCAGACAUCUUACAGAUAUCUUUGGAGUAUCAGAAGGAUCAGUUAGCAAAGUUUUCACAACGUGGAUUUGCUUUUUAUCUACAGUUUUUCGUGACAUUUUUCUUAAAUGGCCUUGUAAGGAAGAAAUUAAGAAAAAUUUGCCAAGUUCUUUUAAUAAAUUUCCAAGCAUUCGAAUAAUAAUAGAUUGCACAGAGAUAUUUUUGCAAAAGCCAACAUCCCCUCAGAGAGCUACAUGGAGUAACUAUAAACAGCACAAUACCAUGAAAGCACCGGUGGGAAUCACUCCAACAGGUUACUUCUCCUUUGUUUCUAAACUAUGGACUGGAAAUGUCAGUGACAGAUACAUCACAGAAAGAAGUGGUCUACUGGACAAACUUGAAGAGGGGGAUUCUGUUAUGGCCGACAAGGGGUUCAACAUCAGAGCUCUGCUUACAAGAAAGAAAGUUGCACUUAAUAUCCCACCACUUUGCAAAGGUACCUUUCCAAUAAAGGGAGCUAAUAGGGUAGGGGUGGGAGAGGGUAUGCUAAGAUCAAAGCGAAGGUCUCCCUGGAAAAAGUAAAAAAAAAAAAAAAAAACAGAUAUAACAGCAACCAUAACUUGUUGCUUGUAAAAAGGAUCUUUCUAACUAAACAGAAGAAGUUUCUUAGGAAUAUUUUUUAUAUUAUAGGGUUAAGUUGAACUGCUCAAAGAUAAAGGUAGUCUCUACUAACUUCCAAACAUGUUUACAUAGCAGGGGUGGAUCCAGAAAAUUCAGAAAGAACUGGUGUGGGGCAGCGGUUUGCCACUUCCACCCAUCCAAUAAUUUCGUACAGGUUUUGUCUGGAAAAAAGGUUUCCAAAAAAGCAAGUACUUUACUAUCAGUACCUUUUGAAUUGGCGUUUACUUCAUUCAAAAUCCUUUUUCUCCUGUUACACAGGAAAGAAACUUUCAAAAAAGGCAGUAAAAUCUACCCGUACCAUUGCAAGUGUUCGGAUCCACAUUGAACGUGCUAUAGGCCAUUUGCACUAAGAGGUCAUGUAACAUCGUUUUUAUGAAAAUGAAAGUUAUAUGAUUUUGCCUUCGAAAAACGAUUAGGGGAUCAUAUCUUGAACAAAAUAAUAGUUAUUUGGUUUUUCACACCCGCACCAUUUUCCUAAAAUGAGUAAGUUCGUAGCUGGUCACGUGACCAAAAUGUGAUUUUUAAAAUUAUGAAUUACCUCUUUCUGAACACAAAUUUUGCACUUAAACUUCAAGGAAAAUGUUGAAAAGAUGAUGUGGUAGCGUUUACAGCACAUCUGAGCGCAACUAUCAUGCGUUUAACAUGAUAUAAGCAAAAAGUAGUUUUGGCCGCCAUGUUGGAGGGCAAGAGUAUGCCCUCCAACAUGGCGGCCAAUACAAAUCAUACUACUUUGUUGAAAAAUCAAAGUGUCAUUAAAUAUAUCCCUUAAAUGAGUUUCCUCUCAAAUUUCGGGGGUAUGAUUAUUAUUAUGUGCUCUGUCAAUUUUUGGCAUCAGUAAGAUUCCAACUCAUUGUUUAAAGGAAGCAUUGGUGACAUGGGCUCUCAGAGCAAGUGGCCUAUUGGACAUCUUAAGGACUUUAGAAUUCUACAAGGGAACUUCCUUCUUCAAAUGCUACCCAUUGCAGACAAUAUUCUAAGUGUUUGUGCUGCUCUGUGUAAUUUGCUACCACCACUGGCCAAAUGA